AUGUUGAUGUAUGGUUAUAUGAAGUAUGAUUGUGGGUGUGGGCUACAAAGCAGGGCUGAAGCUGAAGGACGCCUGUUGCUUCUGAAAUUGGGUUACAGUCAUGAGGUUGAGUUGACCGUUCCCCCUGCUGUUCGUGUUUUCUGCUUCAAGAACAAUGUCGUUUGCUGCACUGGAAUUGAUAAAGAUAGGGUGCACCAGUUUGCUGCUUCCGUGCGUAGUUGUAAGCCACCUGAAGUUUACAAAGGCAAGGGAAUAAUGUACGUUGAUGAAGUUAUUAAGAAGAAGCAAGGAAAGAAGUCUAAGUGA